AUGGCUUCCGGCGGCCGGCUCUGCUCCGUGCUGCUCGCGCUGCUGGCCGUCAUGGCCGCGCGGCCGGCGGCGGUGUCGGGGGCGUCGGCGCACCUGCACUUCUACAUGCACGACGUGCUGACCGGCCCGGCGCCGACGGCGGUGCAGGUGCUGGACGGCCCGCGCGGCCACUUCGGCGACACCAUCGUCAUCGACGACGCGCUCACGGCGACCUCGUCGGCGACGUCGGCGGGCGUGGGGCGCGCGCAGGGGCGAUACAUCUGGGCGUCCAAGGGGAACCCGGAGCUGCUGGUCACCAUGGAGGUGCUCCUCACCUCCGGCCCCUACGCGGGGUCCUCCGUCACGGUGGUCGGCCGGGACGACAUCGGCGCGGCGGUGCGGGAGCUGUCGGUGGUCGGCGGCACGGGCCAGUUCAGGAUGGCCACAGGCUACGUGCUGUGGAAGACCGUCCGGCUCGACCACCCCAACGCCGUCCUCGAGCUCGACUUCUUCGUCAACCCGUGA